GUUGUGGCGUAAGAUUGAAAGAAAUUACUCUAAAUCUAAAGUUAAUAAUAUUAACCCUAGAUUCCAUGUAUUAUGUGAUCUGAACUUUUAUCUGAAGUUCAAAGACCUCAAAGCCUUAAUAGAGUAGGCGCAUUUGUUAACUCAAAAUUAGUAUUCGUUUCACAGACACCUCGCAAGUGACAGAGAAAAAUGUGUAAGAAAAAUAUUGGUAAACAGUUUGAAGUAGCACAAAACAUCAAAAUAAUAAUAAAACAAACAAAUAUAAUUGGAUUCUUAGAAAAGAAAAUUUAGAGUUUUUCGAAAUUUUUUUUGAUUAUUAUUAAGAAUGGAUUUUAAAAGAGAUAAUAAGCAGACUACAGAUUCGCAAGAUGAAACCAAAGAUGAUGACGAGGACGCCGAAUCAAAUCGUUCACGGCAAGCUGAGGAUGCAACAGUAGCCGAACGCACGAAAGAAGCUGAACUACAGAACGACACUGAAGAUGAUGAGGAUGACGGUUUACAUGUGGUCUCCAGCGUUAAGGAAUUCAAGCUACCAACGCCGAUGUUAACACUCGAGGGUACACACACGACAGCCACCACCACCGAGUCGUUGGCGAGUGUAGCGAGCGCCGCUAGAAUGCAUAAGCACGUUAAUUUCGAAGAGGUCAUGGAAGAGCUGGGAAUGCCGACGCCGUCGACCAGCAAAGUAGUGGAUAAUGUGAGAGAAUAUGUGAAGCAGAUUGAAAGUCGUUUAGAGGACUACGGAACUGGCGUGUGUUCAUCACCGCGAUAUACGGCAACACCACAGGCAAGCGCCGCACAAAUUAUAGACUUACCGAGAGAAACGUUAAAAUUGGAGACCAUUAAAGGAGCAUCAGAGUUGAGCUUCACCAGCAAGCUUAGUGAAGAGUUUGCGGCAUUUACAGAAGUCGAACGUAUGGCACACGACGAAGUGGAACGUAUUGUGGCAGAAAAUAUUUCGCCUGCGACGAAACGUUUGGCCGACAGACCCGACUUUCAACAGGUGGAGCGCGAAAACCAAGAGAUCGCCGAACGUUUUCGACAAAUAAUGGAGAUGUUCGAUAGUUUCACCAAAAAUUUGGAGAGUCUUGAAAUGCCUGGCCUGCAAUCGGCUGAAGAAGUUGGCGAAAAUGCAUUAUUGCCAUUGCGUAGACGUUUGAGCUUUAAAGGCGCACGCAGCGCGGAGCAAACUGAUGCUGAUGCGGCUGUUGGCGCUGCAUCAGCCGGUAGUGUUUACAAUGAAUUCUAUUUGGAGGUGCACGGCGAAAGCAAAGGCGAUGUUAGGAAAGUAGCACCAGCAGUGCAAAGCAUUGCGCACAAGUCCUGCAACACAUCUAGCACAACCGCCUAUCCACAAAAAACCGAAGCUGGCUUAGAUCCGAUGUACCGUGAUAUGGCCACUACAAUCAGCGGUUUGGAGCUACUUGGUGAACCGAGGCCGCCAGCUGUAGAUACGUCGCUUUAUGCAGCACGCAUAUUACCCGUGCAAAGUCUUACCACUAUUGGCUGUCAGACUUCUACCGACUACUUUGCAGUACAAAUGUCACCCAUGGAAACUAGCUCAUACAGUCGAUUACCCUCCUCCAUAGCAAGAGAUCUCUCACAGACCGAAGAUGAUAUUAUCAAUGCACUCAUAAUUGAUUCCAGAACCGAACCACCGACUAGCUCUGUUGGCGCAGUCACCACAACCUACAAUGACGUCACCGAAACCAGCGAGAUCAACAGCAUACAGUCAAAGUCUAAAUUUCUUGGCUCAACCAGUCAAUCAGCGUUGAUAAAGAUACCUGAACCGCCGACCAUAGUCGAUCUAACACACGAUCCGAAUGCGCCACGUGUCACGUCCAUAGUUACCGACAGCGCAGGUCAAGCUGGUAGCAAUACCGAUGCGCCCUGUGAACGCACCUACCACACCAUACACAUUGAGGCCAACUCUUCGCCCUCCUCGAGUGUUCUGCGUCGUCCGCCGCUAUGCACACGCCUUUGGAAUGUGAUCACCGAUUUUUGUGCUGCAGUCUGCCUAUGUCUACAGCUAUUAUUUGUUCUAUAUUUUGCAGCUACGAUAUCAGAGGGGCGAAAACCUAAGGCCGUAUUAUAAAUUACUUAAUACAUUUUCCAAACGAACUGUUGAUCCGGAAAAAUUAAAAAAAAAAUUUUCGUAAAUGUAAUAAUAAAAAAAAUAAACAAAAAUAUUGCAUAAUGGAAUAUUUGAGGAGUGGUGACUCAAACAAACCACUGGUAUAAGUCGCAAAAAACUGGUAAAAAAUAGUAUAUUGCUACGAUGAAUUCAAGAUUGGCCAGGAAACGGUUAAACCUAACUAAUUACUUACAAGUAUUUUUUUAUUUACCAUUACUUGGAUGCUAACGAAUUCGGCAAAUAACUAGUAUAAAUAAAGCAUAAGGUAUAAAUAUAAGAGACUCAUAAAUAUGUAUAUAAAAAAUGGUUUGAAUUUAAGAAACCGAUAUAAAUAAAAGAAAGCGGUGAAUAAAAUAAAUGUGAUUAUACCAGUUUUUUAUAUUUAUACCAGUAUAUUUAAUUUAUGCCAGUUACAUGUAUAAAUUUGGAAAAUUAUAUAAAUAUAGUAAACUGAUAUAAAUAUGAGAGACUUGUGUAUAUAUAAUAAACUGGUAUAAAUAGAAGAGAUUGGAAUACAUAUAAUAAACUAUACAAUUUAAAUCAGUUUCAUGUUUAAAUUAAAGUAAAAUAUAUAAAUACAUGUAGUAAACUGGUAAAAAUAUAAGAGACUGGUAUAUAUAACAUAAACUAGUAUAAAUAUAAGAGACUGGUAAAAAUAUGAUAAACUACUAUAAAUAUAAGAUACUGAUAUAAAUAUCAUAAACUGGUAUAAAUAUAAGAGACUGGUAUAACAAUGGAUGAAAAAAAUUUCGAAUUCAAUUCUCUGAGUAUUAAAAAACAAUAUUUUCUUCCUAAAAAAGUUAGCGUCACAUUAACC